AUGCUGGUACCUAAGAAAAUGGUCAGAGGAAAUUCUACUUUGGUGACGGAAUUUAUUCUUUCGGGACUAAAGGAUCUUCCAGAGCUUCAGCCCAUCCUCUUUGUACUGUUCCUGCUAAUCUACCUGAUCACUGUGGGGAGGAACCUUGGGAUGUUGGUGUUGAUCAGGAUAGAUUCACGCCUCCACACCCCCAUGUAUUUCUUUCUUGCUAGUUUGUCCUGCUUGGAUUUGUAUUACUCCACUAAUGUGACUCCCAAGAUGUUGGUGAACUUCUUCUCAGACAAGAAAGCCAUUUCCUAUGCUGCUUGUUUAGUCCAGUGCUAUUUUUUCAUUGCCAUGGUGAUUACUGAAUAUUAUAUGCUAGCUGUAAUGGCCUAUGAUAGCUAUGUGGCCAUCUGUAACCCUUUGCUUUACAGCAGCAAGAUGUCCAAAGGGCUCUGUAUUUGCCUGAUUGCUGGUCCAUAUGUCUAUGGGUUUCUUAGUGGACUGAUGGAAACCAUGUGGACAUACCACUUGACCUUCUGUGGCUCCAAUAUCAUUAAUCACUUCUACUGUGCUGACCCACCCCUCAUCCGACUUUCCUGCUCUGACACUUUCAUUAAGGAAACAUCCAUGUUUGUGGUAGCAUGAUUUAACCUCUCCAGCUCCCUCAUCAUAAUCCUCAUCUCCUACAUCUUCAUUCUCAUUGCCAUCCUGAGGAUGCGUUCUGCUGAAAGUAGGUGCAAAGCGUUCUCCACCUGCGGGUCCCACCUGUUGGCAGUGACUGUGUUUUAUGGAACCCUGUUCUGCAUGUACGUUAGACCUCUCACGGACAAGUCAGUGGAACAGUCCAAAGUCAUUGCUGUUUUCUACACUUUUGUAAGCCCUAUGUUGAACCCCAUCUAUAGUUUGAGGAACAAGGAUGUGAAACAAGCUUUUUGGAAACUGAUCAGAAGAAACGUGCUUUUGAAGUAA